AUGUCAACCACGAAAAGCUCAAAGGUGCGAAUACGCAACUUGAUUGGGCGAAUCUUUUCGCCGAGCGGCGACAAAGAUAAAGAUGAUGAGAUGAAGCCGUCAUCGUCGGCGAUGGACAUCAGUCAGCCAUACAAUACAGUGCAUCGAGUUCACGUUGGUUAUGAUGGGCAGAAGUUCAGCGGUCUUCCGCAACCCUGGAUGGAUAUAUUGUUACGGGAUAUUAGCAUUGCUGAUCAGAAAUCGAAUCCGAAUGCCGUGGUGACGGCCGUGAAAUUCUACGCGGCGUCGAUGAAGGAGCACGAGAAGACGAAAUUCAUGACGACGAACAGUGUGUUCACGAAUAGCGACGAUGAGGUCGAUGUACAGCUUACGGGUCAAGUUACAGAGCAUUUAAGGAAGUUGCGGUGUAGUAAUGGUGCCGCACCGUCCUCAUCGCCCUCGCCGUCGGGUUCGUCGUCAGCGAUACGUCCAUUGGCGAAUGGCACUAGUGGUGGACAAUUGUCGUCGUCGUCGACAGACGCUUCGCUAUCGCUGUCCGACAGGAUGGUCCCGUCGCCGGCACCGGUGCCGACGAGCGAGAGCGCACCGCAAUUGCAGACCAUCUCCGACACGGCGCCGCCGAUUCAUCCGCGAAGCGCACACCCGCCUCCGCCGCCACCGCCACCGCAACGGAACAAAGCGUCGUACGGAAUGCAGUCGACGGAUCCGAACAUGGCGCCGGAUCCGAGAGCGCCGCCAAGAAUUCCGCCCAAAGUUCCACCCAAACCAUCGCUUACAAUGUGUGUCUUAAUGAUCAUGAUGAUGAUGAUGAUGAUGAUGGGUCUUCGUCGUAUUUAUUGCUAUCGGCAGUCGUUUUUCGUAUGCCGAAUUUUUACAACGAACCCGACGACGGGACGAGAUUUUUGGAAAAUUGUAAACGAUUUGGAGGCGAUUAAUCAAUGGGGCACGUCGGCGAAUGUUAUUCGACAAUAA